UUCGGUACUACCUACAUCUUGUCUUCAGGGUUCAGCUGUUUGUGACCCUGCAAGCCUUGUAGGUCACCUAUCGCCACCGAUUAAGGAUUGGUUAGGGAUUGGACUCCACGCCACGCCACCAUCCCUGUCGGGGUUCGAGUUGGUGUUGCCAGUGUCGCCAAUUGUGCCUUGUCACUUCUCCCACUUUCCCCUAAUAGGCCCCUCCUUUCCCUCCUUUCGCCUGCAGUACUAUACUAGGUGUACAUUGGUCCCUUGUAUAGGUACUUUUGCGGGUACUCUUAUAGGUGGCCACACACAGCAUAAUAGUGUACAUAGGACUUAUUUUUGUGCCGCGGGCCCUCUCCGUCCACUCGUCCACUGGCCGGUGCCACUCUUCCACUCUGUCCAAGGACCCACUAGCAAAACUGUCUGCUGCCGCCCUUUUCUCCUCCCCACCACCCACACUUUACUCCUCUUCAUCUUCUCUCGACUAUUUCGCUCUUCUAUCCUUUCUUCCCUCUUUCACGUUUUUUGUCCUCGUCCACCGUCGACUUCUUUCCUUCCCCUUUUACCACUUAAUCAUCGUCGACCGGUAAAUCUCUUUAUUCCUCGGCCAAAAUGUCUAGACGUCCUGCACCAUCAGCGAGCAGUGCCCUGCCCACUCAAAACCGACAGAAUGAGUAUUUCGUACCAAGGGACGGUAUCGACCGCGAGGUUAUUACCGCCGACAUCUGUCGCUACCUUGGAAACGAUGCUCUCGUCCGACCUGGCACAUAUGAGAACCCUCAAAGUGGCCAGAUCAUCCAGGGCUACUACAUAAACGCCUACCGAAACUUAACAACAGCCAUGAUUGAAGACUUGAAAGCAGACUCGGCGCGAUGGGAUCAAGAAAGGCGGCAGCAAUCGGCCAGCCGCAAUAACGCUGCCGGAGGUACUAUUGCCUCGAGAGACUCGAACAGCGUAUAUGUCAGACUCUCUAACUCCCCUAUAGUCCAAUACCGCAAUUCGGACACGCACCAAUCCCGCCAGUAUUAUGGGCCAACCGAAGGCGGAUUUGCAUCAGCAGACCCAAAUCGUGAUCCGUACGGUGAUGCCACACCCAGAUAUCCAGGAACUGGAUCUGCAGGAUACACAGGAGCCGCUGGCUCGUAUACUGCUCAACCGUAUCCUCAGGGUGGGUAUAGCACUCAGCAGGGGUAUACUACCCAGUCGUCGCAGUUCCAAGCCCCAGGUGCAAGUGUGACUUACCCCUCUAUGCCUCCGUCAGGAUUUGGCCAGGCCGGCCAGGAACCUCCUUUCCAGCUAGUUGGAGCAGACUCAAGAGUGGCAACCAACCCUCAGUCCAUGUAUAAUGACCCGUACGCGGCCUCCAGAGAUCCCAGGGACCAGAGGACACCUAUGACUACUAUGCCUCCCAGUAGGACUACCUACCCGACCUCAGGAGCACCCGCACCACAGGGCUAUCCGCCGUCGUCGGCGCCUGGCAGCUACUAUCCCUCGAACCCGUCACCUUCGAACCCUGCCUACGCGCCAACCGUUCAGCCUGGAGAUCCAUUUUAUGGACGCGCGUCUCCAGCAGGCACAACGUCCUACGGUUCAGCACAAGAUCCACAGUAUGAGACAACCCCUGCCCCAUCACGCCCUUCAGCAGCAGCCAGUACUCAAUCAUCAACUAGUGGAUCAGUUUCAGCCUCGCGACAUCGUGACAGGGAUAGCGUCGAUCGUCACACCGAAUCUAGGCACGCCCACCGGCCUCAUCGCUCAGGUCGAUAAUUAAACCGCUGGAGCGUGUACGGCGGCCUUCUCCCGUCCUGCAUGUGAUACUUCAUUGAUUAAUUGUUUCAUUGCCGAGAUUCCCAGGAUUUGGAGUCCAACACCCGCAUCGUG